AUGCUCCGCCAGUCCCUGUUUGCUGCCCGUCAGGCUCGUACGAAGACCCCGUGCUACCCCUUUCGCUCUAUGUCGCUGUUGAGACCCUCCGAGCUGGACUUGUUCACGCCGAGCGACGAGCAUAAGGCUCUGCGGGAGAUGCUGGCGGGUUUUGUAAAGACUAAAGUGGAUCCUCAAGCACUGGAGCACGACCGUGAUGAGAAAUUCAAUAUCAAGUUGUUCCGGGAGCUCGGGGACCUAGGACUCCUGGGCAUCACGGCACCUGAAAAAUACGGAGGAUCUGGGAUGGACGCACUUGCAGCUGUUAUUGCGCACGAGGAGCUCUCUUCGAGUGACCCGGCCUUCUGCUUGUCCUUCUUGGCGCACUCGAUGCUGUUCGUGAACAACGUGGCUCGCAACGCGUCGGACGCACAGUGUAAAAAGUACCUACCUGAUGCCUGUUCUGGCACCAAAGUAUGUGGCAUGGCCAUGAGUGAGCCUUCCGUUGGUACAGACGUGCUGGGUAUGCGUACGACAGCAAAGAAGUCAGAGUGUGGCAAGUUCUACGUCUUGAACGGAACAAAGAUGUGGAUUACGAACGGGGCACUCAAUGACACGGAACUGGGCGACACGUUCUUGGUGUACGCUCGCACUGGCAAUACAAAGAAGGCAAAGCAGGACUUCUCGUCGUUUAUCAUAGAGAAGGGCUUUGAAGGCUUUUCUCUUGGUCAGCGUAUUAAAGAUAAGUGCGGUAUGCGCGCGUCCAACACAGCCGAGCUGGUGUUUGAAAAUUGCAAGGUACCGGUCGAGAACUUGAUUGGCACGGAAGGUAGCGCUGUUCUGUGCAUGAUGCGAAACCUCGAGAUCGAGCGCGUGACGCUAGCUGCCAUGAGUUUAGGCAUCGCUAGACGCUCGCUCGAGGUCAUGAAUGGCUAUGCAAAGGAGCGCGAAGCCUUUGGCCGACCGCUGAACACUUUUGGCCAGAUCCAACAAAACAUUGCCACGUCGUAUGCAGAGUACAUGGCUGGCCGCGCGUACGUGUACAGCACAGCACGGAACCUGAAGUUGGACUCGGGAGGCAACCGCGUAGACACGGAUGGUGUGAAGCUUUACUGUGGCGACAUGGCAAAGCGUGUGGCUGAUCGUGCCAUUCAAACACUGGGUGGCUACGGCUACGUAGGCGAGUACAACGUCGAGCGCCUGUGGCGUGAUUCCAAGCUGCUGGAGAUUGGUGGAGGCACGAAUGAGUCGCAUCACAAAAAUAUGGUGCAAGAUCUCGUCCGAAACGCGCUCUAA